AUGAUUAGUACGGGUCCAAACAAGGAUGACACACACGAUGUAGUAUUGCAACAUCAAUUGGAUAAACUUUCAAUCAAUGAUCCAAUCAUCAACAAUGUCAACAACAAUGGAAUAGUUGGUUCUACACUGGUAGAAUCAACAUCUUCAGUGUUACCGCAACAACCAACACCUACACAAUCUAAAGAAAACACAAAGAGGAAGAGGAUACAACCAAACUUUACUCCUCCAUCUUCUACUCCUGUUGCCACUGGAGCACCUGUUGGGCCCACAUUGUUCUCAACCCCAUCAUCUUCGUCAUUAUAUUGUGGCGGCGAUCAAAUCAAUCAUGAUCUUAAUCAAUCGAUAUCGAACCUAUUCAACAAGUUCACUUCCCAACAGCCUAUCCCCAUCAAGACUUCAUUGCCCCUGGUUGGUGCAGGAAAUGCCAAUACCAACUCAAUUGUACAUACAUCCUCAUCAUCUUUAUCUGCACUGGCAUCAUCACCUUCCACACCAUCAACAUCAACGACAACAACAACAACAACAUUACCCGAAUCAACCAAGCCAAGUGUUCAAAGAAAGAAGAGAUCACUUAAAACUGAGAAGGUUAGUCAACCAAAGAAAGAGAAGCGCAAGAAACAAGCCAAACAACAACAGGAUGGCUCACCUCCUUCGUUGUCCGUAUCAGCUGACAGUGAGUCAGGUGACAGGGAGGCUGAUGUCGAGGACAAUGUCAUUGGUGAUGUCGAGUCCAAACGCGUCAAGAAGAAGAAGAAAGCAAAGACCUCCAAAUCACUUCUGCAACUUGAGCCCCUCAGCUUCCUAGUGUCCACACCUCCACAACACUGUGCACAAUUCUAUCUUGAACUCACCAAAUGGUUUCAAUCAUCAUCAUCCAAUCGCGACCUUGAUGAUCAAGUGAUCGUGGAAGGAGAGACCGCCUCGCCCAUCCACAACAAGUACAAGAAUGAGUUCAAUCCCCCAGCAUCAAUCCUCAAACCAUUGGCACCAUAUGUACAAUCAAUCGAAUCACUAUUGAGUGAUAUCAAUAGUCCAAACAAUGAAGAAUCAUUGGUACAUAAGCUUCAGAUUGUUGGAUCGGUGUACACCAUCGCUGAGAGUCAACAACCAGAGCCAGCGUCGCGAUCAGCUGACUCUCAGUUCAAGCUGUCAAAGGCCCAAAGGGAGUUAUGGUGGGUCAAGACGGCCAACAAGUGGCUCACAAAGAAGUCUGCUGUAAAGACGUCGUAUCUCAAGACCUGGAUGGGCUUCCUUAUCCUGGAACUUUGGUACCGCUUUGUCUGGGCAAGGCACACACAGACCGUCUACAAUCAGAUCAAGGAUGACCUACAGAUCGAUGACAACAUCGUCGAUCAUCACGAUGAGGACGAGGUCAUUGAUCUAGAUGACCUUGGAAAGGAUGCCGAAGAGGAGGAGGACGAUGAGGAUGAUGACAUGGAAGAGGCCGAAGAAGACCUCGACGAUCCCAAGAAUGAGCUGGAGGCUGAGAUGGAGAUGGAUGACGAUGAAGAUGAUGAGGACGACGAUGAUGAAUUGGAAACUGCUCCAGAACCAACACCUUCUGUCGACGCCAUGGACACUGAGUCUGUGGGCAACAACAAACAACAAUCAACUCAAAUUGGAGAGGACAGGAGCGACAACAAUGCCAAAACAACAAGCCAGGAUGAAGGAUCCGAGGACGAUGACGUUGAGACUGAUCGCGACUCACACGAUGUUUCACAAGUGGACAAGGAAGAACAGGAUGUCUCUGAACAGCUCUCACGCUUCAACCUCAUUCCCAAGGUGGUACCAUUGUUCUUUGUCCAUCCAUCAAUGACCGACACAAUCACAGAGAUCGAGGCAGACUAUUGGGAGACUGGCGUGUGGUCCACAAAGAAGGCCUUUGACACCUUUGGCCAGAUCAUUCACACAUUCUAUCGCGAUAACAAGUCGCUCCCAUCAUUGACAUUCGCUGAGAUACACGAGAACAUACAUCAAGCAUAUCAAAAGCUCUAUGCCAAGUUCCUCUGCAACGUUGGCAUCUCAUUCUUUGGCGACAGCAACUUUAGUUGGAAGUGGCAAGACAGCUCAUUCGAGCCAUUCUCCGAGAGCAUCUACGUGGAACUCUUCCGCAAUCUUACACAGGAUGGACAGGUGUCGCACACCCACACCUUCUACUCGCUGUUCCCAUCGUAUCAAGAGAUGAAGCCUCCAACAGACCCAAUUGGUGACUUUUAUCAUUCUCUAAAGACAAGACUUGAGAAGCAGGGUGCCUUCAAUUCAGAGACUGAUAAGAUUAUAGAGACACUCGAUAGGUUGGUCGAGGAAAGGAGUUUGAUAUCAGUGUCCAAACUACCAAGUGUUGACUCCAACAACAACAACAACAACUCGGAUGUCAAUGCUCAGACCUCAUCUUCGACCACGGACACAUCCACAUCAUCCACAAGUACACUGGAUGUGUUCAAGGCUGUCAACGACUAUCAACAGACUAGAAUACGUUAUCUUGAUCAACUGAUCACAACUCUCAAGACAGAGUAUCACAAGCUGACCAACAAUGUCGAUCAGAUACCAUCAAAGAAGCAGCCAAAAACACAGCCACAGCCACCUGCACAGCCACAGGCACAGCCACCACAGAUACAGACACAGCCAAUGAAUGAGGUCACCAAGUAG